AUGUUUCUGACGAUUGGCCUGCAGUGUUUGGACAAGCUACGUAGUGACCCCGACCUUCGACUAUGUUCAGCGGAGCAAAUCCAGUUCCGCAAAAGCAGCACGGAAAUUGAGGUCGUAAUCGAUCCGGCGUACACGAAGUACUCCGACGCACACGAAACGGUAACGCGGGAGUGUUUGAUGGAGCAGGUGUUGUCCCAGUUGGCAAGACACGUGACAGCGGUAGACGAAAAGGAGAACCCGGCAGAGGCAGAAACUCUUCUCAAGCAUUACAACAUGGUGGUUGCCGGGGACUUGGGCGAGAAGCGGAGAACGACGUUAGACGCGGUGGAGGCAGAGCUUCGGGCCGCCUAUGAGAAGCUGAGUCCCGAACCUGGCAAGUAUUGGCGAGGCGUGUGCCGGCCGCGGCUGGGUCAGAACAAGGAUCACUGGGUCUCGGUGGUCCCGGAGCUUCGAGAAAGACUUUGCGAGGAAUGUCUGCCACGACAGCUCUCGGACCUGCGGUGGCCGAAGAGGAUUCGUAGCUUCGUGGGGGAGGGAGCCCCUCUGACUAGCAUCCUACCGGGCGACGGAAUGCCACAGGGACGCACUUGGUGUCAGGUUACGGAGGAUGCCGAAACCCGGGUUUCCGUAGACGCAGAAACAAAAGGCGUGACGACCAUCAAGAUCCCGACACCGAUGACCUGUGAGCCUUUGAAAGAGGAAGCCUUUGAAUCUGUGGGCCAGACGAGGGUCGAACGCACACGACGUGCACCGAGAGUCGAACGCACACGACGUGCACCGAGAGUCGAACGCACACGACGUGCACCGAACGUUGAAAUGGAGCUCCAGAAGCGACUGAGAAGCGGCUGUAUCAUACAACUUCGGGACUUACUCAAAACGUACCGGCUCACUUACGCACAAUGUGACGACCUCGUGUACCAACUUCGCCGGCGCUUGCUCUCCGUAGAGGAACAGUACCCCAGAGGUCAGAACUACUGCGUCGGCUCCUACGGCCAAGUGUAUCUCAGUUUGGAUAAAGGCAACCCAGGCACCGAACUGCAUAUCGUCCUUAAUCCAUGGUGCAUGCAGGCCAAUUCCGAAGAACAAGCGACUGAAAUCACUGAGGAAUUUAUCGACCAAUUCCGUGCGGAUGCAGGCUGUGACAUAAUCCAGCCUACUGGCCCCAAAAUUAGAAUUUGUUGA